AUGCAUGCCUCUGUGAUCUGCCUCGUAGUCCUAUCAAUAGCUGCUACCCUUGCCUCAUCUCGUCCAGGCGCUUCUUACCUGACCCAGUCUUUCCGGGAGCUGUCGAGUCUGUCGUACAAAAGACAAAGCAGCUCCAUUCCUUCACAGUGCACCUCAACCUGCGACCCUGUACAAAGUGAAUCGAGCAUCGGAUGGCCUAUCACCGCAUGCUGCACCCAGUCCUUUGAAACGACCUACUACAACUGCCUCUUAUGCGCUGGCACUGCAUAUAAUACUACAGAUUACACACAGGCACAAACCGAUCUAGACCAACUCUACGUCGCUUGCGUCGAUUACGGCUAUUCACUCCAAGAGCUCACUUUCCCUGGUCAAAACCCAUCCCGCACUCUCUCAACUUCUUCCCGUGCUGGAACUUCUACCGUUGCCGGUACUUCACCUGCGUCCGUGUCGGUACCUACCAUCUUACAGACCACUAUACUGCCUUCAAGUACUUCGCCCGCCUCCUCUGGGAAGUUGACCUCUGCCAGCAGCACUGCGACUUCGUCCACGUCCACGCCUGCAACCUCAGGUGCUGCGCUGGGGCUAGCAAGGGCAGGAGGAAGCGGAGUGUGGGCUUUGGUUACUGCUGCUAUAGGAUUGAUCGUGCUGCGGAAUAGCUGA